AUGCAAAGUUGCGAGAUGGAGAAGUAUGGCACAUCAAUCGACAUCAGACAAGACGACGGCGUUCUACAGGGAGCGAUGCCAAGUGGCAUGGGGUACGUGGAUUGGCACGAGAUUGUGGCUUCACGUGCUACUUCCGAUUACGCCAGGACACCGGUGAUCGAAUACCCAAAAGUGAACUGCAUAUACAUCUCAUGCGCUGGAAGCAGUUACCCCAACCCAAUAACAAAUCACUGCCGAUGUUGGAGAACAAUCGGAUUCGACCGAUUGUACAAUUUAUGGAUUCGCUGGACACGACGCAUGCACGAAUGUCCAGAUUCGUACCCGAUUGUCUCUACAGCGCUCAUGUUAAAGGUGCUACUGAGUCCUCGAUUGUCAAUUUGUGUGACGACAGCGGCGGAUUGUUUGGUACUCUGGCACUGCCGGACGGAACGUAUCUCAUAGAGCCAGUAAAGGACGAUCAGAUGCUAAGCAAACCAUCAUCGUCCAGGGCCCAUAUCGUGUACAAAUCCCGAUCUCAUUCAUUCCACAAAUAUGGUUUUUCCAGUUCUUCUUCACCCAUUAUUGCUACUACUCCUCUUACUACUACUGCUACUAUUACUACUACUACUACUGCUACUACUCCUACCACUAUUUCUGCUAAUUCAUAUCCAACAAGUAAUCAUAGAAGUAAUAAUAAUAACUCAGGCAACGACGUUCAAAUUCAUAACUACACUGCCUAUCGCAUUAGCAACGACAAUGCCAAUUACGAUAAUAACACUGCCCAAUACACGACCAUAUUUGAUCCAAAUAUCAAUAUCACCGAUAGCUGGUUUGUCCGAUCUCGUCGUUCGGCCAAUUCCUGGGACCAUUAUGUUGAGGUGCUUGUUGUUGCGGAUAAUAAAAUGCUUCUCUAUCAUCAAAAUAAUCUUGAAAAUUAUGUGCUUACACUUUUUUCGACGGUAGCUUCCAUUUAUCGACAUCCAAGUUUACACGCUGCAAUAAACAUUAUCGUAACACGUUUAAUCGUUUUGAAACAUGAAGCGGCUGGGCCACAUAUUAGUGAUAAUGCGCAAGAUACGUUGCAACAAUUUUGUCGCUGGCAAGAAACGUACAAUGACAAGAACGAUGACGCUCCAAAUCAUCAUGAUGUAGCCAUUCUGCUCACACGACAUGAUAUAUGCAGGGCACCAGGAAAAUGUGACACACUUGGUCUCGCCGAGCUGGGCACUAUGUGUGACUCGUUACGAAGCUGUGCAAUUAUCGAAGAUAACGGCUUAUCAGCUGCAUUCACGAUCACUCACGAAUUAGGCCAUAUUUUCAAUAUUCCACAUGAUGAUGAACGAAAGUGUGGUCGCUACAUGGCCCUAAACAAACACAAUUACCAUAUUAUGGCACCAACACUCGAAUAUAAUACACAUCCUUGGUCGUGGAGUCCAUGUAGUGCUGCUAUGCUGGCGAAGUUUCUCGACGCGAAUCGAGCUCAGACUCAAUGUAUUUUGGAUCAGCCGAUCGAACGUCGCUAUUAUGAUCGAAUGUUUGAAGAUCCGGCACCUGGAGCAAUGUUUUCUGCUAAUCAACAAUGCCAGUUUGUAUUUGGGCCAUCGGCUGAAUUAUGCCCUUACAUGCCAGCAUGUCGUAGGUUAUGGUGCGCUACAUAUUAUGGAUAUCAGAUGGGUUGUAGAACGCAACAUAUGCCUUGGGCUGAUGGUACACCUUGUGGUGAUAAUCAGUGGUGUCACCGUGGUGAAUGUGUAGGUAUGGCUCCUCAACAACGAGCUAAACUGGAUGGUUCGUGGGGUGAAUGGAAAAAUUGGGGCGAUUGCUCCAGAACUUGUGGUGGAGGUAUACAGAAAGCCUUACGUGAUUGCGAUAAUCCAAGACCUAGCAAUGGUGGAAAAUACUGUAUUGGGCAAAGAGAACGUUAUCGACCAUGUAAUAUCCAAGAUUGUCCAUGGGAUACACCUGGUUUCCGAGAAGUACAGUGUUCGGAAUUUGAUAAUCAGGAUGUUGGAAUUCAUGGGGUCCCUCCCAAAUCACGUUGGUUACCCAAAUAUACCGGAGUAAGCGACAACGAAAGAUGUAAACUAUAUUGCCGUAUUAGCGGCUCUGCUGCAUUCUACUUGCUUAAGGAUAAAGUUCUGGAUGGCACUCCGUGCUACCGGCAUGGGGAUGAUAUGUGCAUCGAUGGCACUUGUCAUAAGGCUGGUUGCGACCAUCGUUUGGGUUCAGAAAUGCGACGUGAUAAAUGUGGGAUUUGUGGUGGUGACGGAAGCACAUGUCGGGUUGUAUCAGGUAACUACAACGAACGUGGAUCAUUUGGCUACAACGAAGUUUUGAAAAUACCUGCAGGUUCAGCAAAUAUCGAGAUAACACAACAUGGAUAUCGCAACCAAAAAGAAGACGAUAACUAUCUUGCUUUGCGAAAUGCCAAUGGAGAAUUUCUGCUUAAUGGUCAUUAUCAAGUAUCAGUUUUCCGACAACAAAUUUCCAUACAGGACACGGUAUUGGAAUAUUCUGGAAGUGAUCAUGUGGUUGAACGAAUAAAUGGCACUGGACCUAUACGGACUGAUAUUUAUCUUCAUGUAUUGUCGGUUGGAAAUUUAUACCCUCCAGAUAUACAUUAUGAAUUUAUGGUACCAGCACAAAAUGUAGGAUUUGGAUAUGAAACAUCAGUGACAAAUUACUACUGGCGUAUUAGUGAACGUUGGUCAGAAUGUUCCUCAUUAUGUCAAGGUCAGCAAAAACAAGAGCUUAUUUGUGUUGAUGCAAUAUCAAGUCGGAGCGUAAGUGACAAUUUGUGUGUAUCUCAUCGUCCGCCAACUGAAACACGAAUGUGCAAUAUUGAUUGCACCAUCAAGUGGCGUGUAAUGCCGAUCGGACAGUGCAAUGCAACUUGUGGACGUGGUGAAAAACGCCAAAAAAGCGAAUGCAUUCGAAGUUACGUAGAUGGACGUGAAACCGUUAUUUCUGAUUUACAAUGUCAUGAAUUAAAGAAACCGAGUGACCAUGCACAAUGUUACGUGGAUUGCUCAGGGCGGAAGUGGACAUACACGGAAUGGACACCGUGUUCUGAAUCAUGUGGCAUAUCUGGUAUCAGUCGUCGACAAGCUUACUGUAGCGACCAUGCAAAUCGACGCUUGGAUGAUCGUGCUUGUGAGCAAGCAAUUAAGGAUAAGACGGAGAAGGAGUGCAAUCGAAUGCCAUGUCCCAAAUGGGUCUAUGGUGCAUGGUCUGAAUGUUCUCGAUCGUGCGAUGGAGGUGUCAAGAUACGCCAUGCAUCGUGCCAAGAUGCGGCAGGUCGUGAAGUACACUUGACGAUGUGCAACGGCAAAGAAAAGCAUGACUGGCAGAAGUGCAAUGAGCAAAUCUGUACGCAGUGGAGAUUUGGCGCAUGGGGCAGUUGUUCGGUGAGUUGUGGUGAUGGUAUCGAAACACGUGAUGCGGUUUGCACCGAUCUGAAUGGCAGACAUCUCGACCAAAGUUUGUGUGACCGUCGCGAACGAAUUGUACAAAAGCCAUGUCAUCGCACGGUAUGUCCCAGUUGGCGUCUUGGAUUAUGGAGUGCGUGCUCGGUGUCAUGUCUUGAUGGUUGGAAAACUCGGCAUGUGUCUUGUGUUGAUGCUAAUAGAAAUGAGGUAUCCGAUGAGCAGUGCUUGAGACAGGGUGAAGCUCGACCCCAAAGUCAUCAACCGUGUAAUCAAGGGCCAUGUCCAUUUUGGCGGACAUCCGAUUGGACUAAGUGUUCGGUAUCAUGUGGUGUCGGUGUAAGGGCAAGGAACGUUGAAUGCAUAUAUCGAGAUCAGGUUGUUGACGGUUCAUUAUGCAGUGACACUCAUGUAGCAAAAGUUGAGCGGUGUAGCUUACUGCCAUGCGCUAAAUGGAAAGUACUUCCAUGGUCGCACUGCUCUGUAACUUGUGGUACUGGUCAACAAAUUCGCACAAUACAAUGUUUACGAGGAAAAUCUAUUGUUCAUGAAAGUGAAUGCGAUAUAGCAAUGCGCCCAAAAACAGAAAAAAUCUGUGAGCGUGACAAUUGCGAAGUAUUUGCACAAAAUGUGAUCGAGAGUACAGUAAGUGAUCAACCAAAAAUUCGAUGGGCUAUUGGGCCAUGGUCUGAUUGCUCGCGAACAUGCGGAAAUGGAACACAGCGUCGUCUUGUAGUAUGUCGUGAUCAUGUUCGUGACCUUACCGACACAUAUUGUCAGCAUCUGGAACCCAUUGAAACCUACCGAUAUUGCCAGGUUAAGCCAUGUGCGCAAUGGACUGUUGGACCGUGGAAAUCGUGCUCAGUUACUUGUGGCGUACAUGCAACAACAGAUCGUCGCGUAAGCUGCGAAUCGACGGAAGGUAAUGAGCAAGUACGGGAAACAGACUGUGAUUUAACAAUUCGUCCGCAAUCAAUCAGAUCGUGUAACUUGAAUCCAUGUCCAUUGGGAGAACCACCUCUUGGGUCUUGGAUUACUAAAGACUGGGAAAAGUGUCCAGUUUCGUGUGGAGGUGGUUGGCGCAGACGUCUGGUUACAUGUAAUACUAGAUUUUGUAACGAAGAAGAAAAACCGGUUCAAUUUGAGCGUUGUAAUCAGCAAGAGUGUGUCAAAAUGUCCAACGUCUGGCAGAUGUCACCUUGGUCACAUUGUCCAGUGACAUGUGGUGGUGGUACACAGAAACGUACAGUUUGGUGUGAAGAUGGAAAAACACGUGAAAGGGUACAAGAUGCGGAAUGUUUAGUCCCUGAAAAACCAUCCAGUGUUCGAGAGUGUAAUAAGGUCAAAUGCCAAACAACAUCGAUGACAAAUGAAUACUAUCACUGGUAUGCAGGAAAAUGGAGUCCGGUACGUACAAGUAGACGUAGAUAUCAUAGAAUACGUGGGAAAUAA